AUGAUCUACGGUUCCAUCCCCGAGCCGAAAGAGGUCUGGAGCUAUCGCAGCUACAGCUGUUAUGUCGCAGAUGCACAGAGGGGUCUUUUUGCCUCCUUACCCCGACUGCCUAGAACGUUGAUUGAUGUGCUUAUCACACAUUUCUCAGCGACUGGACCGUUCCAAGCUGAUCCUCCUCCCACAGAUGAUAAUCAUGAUAGGACGGUCUGGCCCGUCGCUAACUGGACAACUCUCAAACGUGCUUGGUUGUCUGGAUUCACAACUGCUGCAAGCUUGCUGAUCGCGUCAGAUAACAGUGGUUCUGAUCUCGACUUCCAACCAACCAAGACAGUUUGA